UGACAUUAGCUCUAGGAUAACAUUUUCAUUUCUGUUUCAUUGGUUAAUAGAUUCGGGUCCACCAAGGAAACUUCUUAACAAAGGAGAUGAGGAGGGAAAGCCUAAAUCCAUUUCCAAGAAAUUUGUGAAAGGGCAGUUAAGACCUGGAAGAGCUAGUGGCAAACAAUUCAAGAAUAAACAGCAGUCAGAAAAGCUUGCAAAGAAGAGGAAGCUCCAGGAUGGUGAAGAGGGAGGGUCAGAUUCUAAGAAGCCAAAGUGGAGUGACUUCAAAAAGAAAAGGAAGGAGUUAAAGCAAAACAGACAACUUAAUGAUAAAAGUAAUUAUGACAUAAUUGUAAAAUCAAAGCAAAUAUGGGAAAAUGUGAGAAGGAAGAAAUGUGAUAAGGAAAAGCGAGAAAAGCUAAUGAAUGAACUACAGAAGCUUCUUCAAGGAAAAAUUAAAAGUCUGGCAUUUGCACAUGAUUCAACUCGAGUGAUCCAGUGCUUUAUUCAGUAUGGCAAUGAGAAGCAAAGGCAAGAGACAUUUGAAGAAUUGAAAGAUAGCCUAGUAGAGUUGAGCAAGUCAAAAUAUUCCAGAAAUAUUGUGAAGAAGUUUCUUAUGUAUGGGACAAAACCACAAGUUGCAGAAAUAAUAAAAAGUUUUAAAGGCCAUGUGAAAAAAAUGCUCCGUCAUGCCGAAGCAUCUGCUGUAGUGGAAUACGCAUAUAAUGACAAAGCCAUUCUGGAGCAGAGGAAUAUGCUGACAGAAGAACUAUAUGGGAACACUUUCCAGGUUUACAAGACACCAGUUGUCCCAACUCUGGAUAAAGUGUUAGAAGCUCAGCCUGAAAAGAGAGAGGCCAUCUUGGAUGAAAUGAAACAGAUUCUUACACCAAUGGCACAAAAAGAAGCUGUGAUAAAGCACUCACUGGUACAUAAAGUAUUUUUGGACUUUUUCACUUAUGCUCUUCCGAAACAAAGAUCUGAAAUGAUAGAAGCGAUCAGAGAGGCUGUCAUCUACCUGGCACACACUCAUGAUGGAGCCCGAGUAGCAAUGCACUGCUUAUGGCAUGGUACUCCCAAGGACAGAAAAGUCAUUGUGAAAACUAUGAAGACAUAUAUUGAAAAAAUAGCAACAGGUGAAUUUUCUCAUCUGGUCUUGCUGGCAGCAUUUGAUUGCAUUGAUGACACUAAACUUGUGAAACAGUUAAUUAUAUCUGAAAUAAAUGCUUCUUUGCCCAGUAUAAUAAACAACAAACAUGGAAAGAAGGUCUUGUUAUACUUGCUGAGUCCUAGAGACCCUGCACAUUUUGUUCCAGAAAUCAUCACGCUUCUGCAACAGGGAGAUGGCAAUGCCUACAG